ACGAAAUUAGUGUCUGGGUCUCAACGAACGCUUGAUCUGCUGUUAUGCCGGGUUCGAACGCCAUCCAAGACGCAAGUCAUCUUGCCUGCAGCGCCAUCGUCAACCACACUGACGCUGUCAGUCUGCGCCGUGCGCGAUCUUUCUCUUCAUACGCUCGUUCAGCAAACGUACCAAUUCUGGGGGAAGACUAGCGACGACGAGGGAGACAGCCGCGUUACCACUAUACCAACCCUGACUGGUUGCCGAGCGCACCCGCCAAACCUCAUUUACGACGAACUCGCGCUCCCUUAACGCCCUCAACCUCGACUUUGCAUCAUCAAUCGACUCCGACCCAGUCGCUCGACUUCUCUUUUCCGCCCGAUUUCUUCUCGUCCCGGUCACCCUACGAAUCCGACACCCCCGUUUCUCUCGUCAACGCGACUCACCCGACAUCAUGGAGGACCGAUCGACUGAGGGGUCCGGCACGCCAUCGCCUCAGCCAGACCUGCACCGAAACCGACUGCCGACCCUGUUCGAGGUGUUGAGCCGCCGUACCCUGCCUCCCGUCGACCUUUUUUCCUUUUACAUUUUCAUGAGAGACCAGCAGAAAUCCGUCGAUUACCUGGACUUCUGGCUCGAUGUUGCUCAGCACAUGUCUCUCUGUCGCCAUUAUGUACGCGAACUUCGAAGAUCCGUUCUCGUCGGAACGCCUGAUUUGGACAAGUCGGGCUCGAAGCGGUCUUCCGGCAUCUUAGAGGGCCUCGGGGAUAUGAGCCAUGGCGCCGCUGGUCCAUCGAUGUACGCCUCGGAGAAGGAGAAGAAUCAGGACGCUCAGAUGUCCGCCUAUCUGAGGGAGGAGGCUCACGAGGAUUCUCCCCAAAGCAGCACCGGCGAACAACGCGGUCGCGCUAGCGGAGCCUUCAGUACCCCACGCGAUAUGACGACUGACUCCAACUCUCCGGCCCACACCGUCGCCAGACAGGACAUCCGCGCUUCCGCAGAGAAGAUUCUGUACACCUUCCUCCUCCCUGGUGCCGAGCGUGAGAUCAUCCUGCCAGGUUCCAUCACCCAGGACGUCACGACUGCCAUCGAGGAUUUCGGCAGAGACGACCCGGAGGUUUUUGAUGUUGCCAAGGACUACGUCUUCCAGGCGAUGGAGCGCGAUGCGUUUCCCAACUUCCUGAGAAUGAAGGCUCUUGGCAACCUGAUCCCAACUACUCUUCAGAUUCGAAUGAUCAUUGGCCUCUUGUCCAUGUUUGGUGGCUUUUGGGCUGCCUUUAUUCUCAUUUUCCUCGACGCAGCUCGCACUACAAGAUGUUGGCUUAUUCUUCCCUUCACUGUUGGUGUCUACUUCCUUGCCUCUUACCAGUACUCCUUGGAUCCGGUCCUUGCUCUCAUCGGCUUGAGCGAGUACACGCCGUUCAAUUUCUCUCGGAUCCGUGAACCUUACGUUCGUAAGCUCCUCAUCAAAAGGGCCAUCAUGGUCCUCUCGGUCACUCUCUUGAUUGUUACAGCGCUUUGUGUGCUCUUCAUCCUUGUCCCAGGCAAACGGCUGUAAAAAGCUGUUCUGUUCUGUGCUACAAACAAAAAGGGCAUGACCAACAAUACCCAAACACAACAAAGAUGCGGUCUCCCAACUACCAUAAGAGAUCUAAUAAUAUUCAGCCCUUGUUGUUAAGAGGGAGAGAGAGAGAGCUUUUACGAACGUUACGACCCCCAGGAAUUUGAGCGAAAGAGUCUUUUCUUCAAAAUUUUCACUUUUCAUCGGUUUUCCAUUCAGGAUACCAACAGAGGCACGGCGUAGGGAUAAAAGGGAAGAGGCCACAAGGAAUUACAGCCUCGCAUUCGGCGUUCAACAAGAGAGAUUUAAUUUCUUCAAUCCGUGCACACAACAGGGCUAGUGUACGACUAUUAUUGGGGAGCUGGGAUAUGGCUCUAUCUGCUCAGGUACCUAGGCAGGAUAGAGAGGAGGGGGAAGGGGAAGACUUUUUGGCUUCAACACAUUCAUUCAUUUUUCAUUUUUGAUUCCCUUAAUUUUCACCAUAGGCUCGCUAGAUAGGUAUCACCGACCCAGAACAGGAAGAGGCUGUUUGGCCUCCCAUAUCAACAUGUUCGAGGCUGACUGAAAAGG